GACAGCUAUAAAUAUUUGCCAAUCAUGAUUGAUAUACUGCCAGCCCUAGGAGUCUUAUGAAGACAGAUCUUUAUUUACAUUGCGAGAGUUUUGUAGUUUCAAAGAAAAUAUCUUGUUAUUUCUUAGGGAUAUAAUUGGUAUCGAAGUUAUAACUAUAAUUCCAUUAACGUACUCACACUUAGAUGUGAAGAAAUCUACAAAUUCAGUUUAUGUCUUCUCAAAACUCAUCUUCAAGAUAAGUUGUAUAGAGCUGAUGAAGAUGGCUACUAUACGUGCCGUAGUUAAGGAGGUCAAAUUGAUGAACUUCUACAUUUAUGCACAAUGGUUUAUCCUUUCUGGACUCGUUUCCGACUUUAUAUUAACCAUUAUUGUUCUCCCAAUCGUGGCUACCCGUAGCUCUUCAUUCCCCCAGUUAGGCGAUAAUAAAUGGAUAGCCUGGGCUUACGAACUAGGGAUGAAUAUCCCAGCCAUGUUUGCUAUAUUUUGGUACUACUUUCUCGAGGAUGAAACGACAUCUAGGGUCAGACACGAAGACUUGAUAUUUCUGUGCUUAUGGCUUCUCGUUGCCACGACGAAAUGGAUAGGGUAUGGCAUUGGCUUGUUGUACCUAUCCUCGGCGGUUUUAUUCACUGCAGCUGUGGUCUGUCACUGUGUGGCGUACUUCCUCUGUCAAAGUCCAAGGAAGACUCGACUAAUUGGUGGAUCUGGAGUCGAGUAUAUGAUGCUUGAAGUCCCUAACAAAAGCGGGAGGAAUGGCUUUAACUGGACGGGCUUCCUUUGUGUCCUUGGCAUCUUCCUGAUAUUUGGUUGUAUCGGCGUUGGCGGCUGGUACGGUUUUUAUUACGCUAUAUUCAUCAAACAAUAAGUAGAAUUCAUGUAGAUGUAGUCUACAUAAGUGUGCAGUUGUGAAACUUGAAACCUCUAAACCUCAUCGUAAACCUCAUCGUAAACAUCAUCGUAAACAUCAUUAAAA